UCGAGGCUUGGCUCCGGGGCGGAGCUGAGUGAGCCGGAGGACAGACCGAGAGGCCCUGGGGAGGCGAGCGAGGCUCCUACACCACCACUGGAGGGUCGCAAAGCUGCGGACGUUCCAGGAGUGAAUCUGGCAGCCGAGGGCAUCAUGGUAGGAGGCUUGAAGAGGAAACACUCCGACUUGGAGGAGGAGGAGGAGGAGGAUGAGAAGUGGGACUGGAGUCCAGCAGGCCUUCGAAGCUAUCAGCAAGCCCUGCUCCGAAUCUCCCUAGACAAAGUCCAGCGAAGCCUGGGCCCCCGAGCACCUAGCCUCCGAAGGCAUGUCCUCAUCCAUAAUACCCUCCAGCAGCUCCAGGCCGCACUUUGCCUGGCUCCUGCACCUGCCCUGCCCCCUGAACCCCUCUUCCUGGGCGAGGAAGACUUCUCCUUGUCAACCACCAUUGGCUCUAUUCUCAGGGAGCUGGAGACUUCCAUGGACGAGACUGAGACACCUCAAAAUCCAGUGGCUCCCCCAGACCCCCAGAAUGAAGUGCUGACCCAGCCUGACCCAGUCUUCUUAGAAGCUCUAAGCUCUCGGUACUUGGGGGACUCAAGUCUGGAUGACUUUUUCCUGGACAUUGACACAUCCACAGUGGAGAAGGAGCCUGCACUGGCCCCACCGGAGCCUCCUCACAACCUCUUCUGUGCUCCAGGGUCCUGGGAGUGGAAUGAACUAGAUCACAUCAUGGAAAUAAUUCUGGGAUCCUAAAACUUGGAUGGUUGGAGUGUGCUGCCUCCACAUCUCAGCCUCAGUGGGUUGGAUCCCUGGUUGCAACUGUGUGUGUGUGUGUGUGUGUGUGUGUGUGUGUGUGUGUGUGUGUGUUGGUGGAGGCUUUAAGCAGUGGCUGGCCUCCUUUCCUCCCAUUUCAGGGUUCCACAAACUGUCUUGCGUGUGUGUGUCUGGUUACCGAAGCCUUCUGUGAAGGUGGGUCUUCCUGAAUUAAUUUAUCUGUUCCAAAUGCCUUAAUGAGACUCUUUCUGGGAGUCUGAUUUCCCACUUCCACAUUUCUUCUGCCUUCCCCUCCAGUUACUCCUCUUGUGACCACUGGGGCCUCAGGGAAGAUAAGCUGGGCCUGUCAAAAAAUGACAGGGACCUAUUGCCUGGUCGCUUUGGAAACCCAGGCUCUGCCUCUUGUAUCUGGAAGGAGUAAGAGGGGCUGGCCUCCUCCCCCGAGGCUGAACUCCACCUCCUUGGCAGGACCCCAGUCCCAGCAGCCUCCUGAUUCAUAACCAGGCCGGACCACGUGCAAUAGGUGGAAACCAAACUGCUCCAUGCCGCAUUAUUUAAAAG